AUGGUCGGCGGCCAUCUCUGCUUAUCCAUCGCCGCCGGCCAGACUUCCCUCACCUCAUCAUCCUCUCCAUUAUCCCGCGAUCAUCUUCUAUCCGCAUCUCCUCUCUUGUUGAAUGUUGAUUCCGUCGUCUGCCGGUCCAUCGUGGCGUCGCCGACCAGUCUGCCGGCCGCCCGCGGCCCCGGCCCGCCUGUCCGCCGCGGCGUCGCCCAUCCACUGCAGCAGGACUCUGUGCAUUUUGUCCGGGAUCAGAAGGUUAUUAUUUGGCUCUUCCAGCAACAAGGACUGUCUUUCCGUGGACAUGAUGAGUCAAGUAAUUCUUUAAAUAGAGGAAACUUUCUUGAAUUGCUUCAAUGGUACAGUCAACGAAAUGAGGAAGUUUCAAAGGUUGUUAAUCAAAAUGCUCCCGGAAACAAUCAAAUGAUUUCUCCAGCAAUUCAAAAAGACCUUACGCGUGCUUGUGCCUCUGAGAUCACACUUUCCAUAAUCGAAGAUAUUGGAAACAAUGUUUUAUCCUUAAUGGUUGAUGAAUCUCGAGACAUUUCAGUGAAGGAGCAAAUGGGAGUUGUUUUGAGAUAUGUGAACAAAAGAGGACAGGUGAUUGAACGAUUCCUUGCAAUUGUACAUGUAUCUGACACUAGCUCUCGUUCUUUGAAGGAUGCUAUCGAUGCUUUAUUUGCGAAACAUGGAUUAUCAUUAUCCAGACUGAGAGGUCAAGGAUAUGAUGGAGCUUCAAAUAUGCGGGGUGAAUUCAAUGGAUUGAAAUCUCUCAUUUUACAAGAAAAUCCAUAUGCAAGUUAUAUUCAUUGUUUUUCUCACCAAUUGCAGUUAGUUAUUAUUGCUGUUGCCAAGAGUAAUCUCAAUGCGAUGAUUCAAGUGUUGGAGAAUAUUUGUGAUGAUUCUAGUUCUUUUGAUAGUAGAGGGGUUGCCAAAAGUUUGAUUCAGAAAAUGGAGAAUUAUGAGUUUGUUUUCAUGUUGCACUUGAUGAAGAUGAUAUUGGGAAUGACAAAUGAGUUGUCACUUGUGUUACAACAAAAGGAUCAAAAUAUUGUCCAAGCCAUAAGUUUGAUUGAGAGUGUGAAAGAUCAAUUUCAAAUAUUUAGGGAAGACGGAUGGCAUACAAUUAUAGAUAAAGUCAACACAUUUUGUGAGUUGAAUGAGAUCCCAGUGCCGGAGAUGAAAGACAAUUGUAUGAUUGGUGGUCGCAGUAGACGUAGAAGGCAAGUCAUCACCAAUUUGCAUUAUUAUCGUGUGGAGAUUUUCUAUCAGGUUGUUGAUUCAGUUAUACAAGAGAUGAAUACUCGUUUUUCAGAAGUUGGCACAGAAUUGCUUAGUUGUAUAGCAUGUCUUCAUCCAAGGAAUUCUUUUUCUGAAUUCAAUGUUCAGAAACUCGUUCGACUUUGUGAUUUAUAUCCUGAGGACUUCUUAACAAAUGAUUGUAUAGUUAUUGAACAACAACUUCAUAAUUUCAUUCAUAAUAUACGACAGGAUCCAAAUUUUUUUGGAAUUGAAGAUUUGGGAAGUUUUGCUCAGAAAAUUGUUGAAACUCAAAAAAAUCAAGCUUAUCCAUUGGUUUAUCAUCUGAUUGAGAUGACAUUAGUUUUACCAGUUGCGACCGCUUCUGUUGAAAGAGUAUUUUCUGCGAUGAAGACGAUAAAAACUGAUUUACGUAACAGAAUGGGAGACGAGUGGAUGAAUGACAGUCUAGUCGUAUACAUCGAGAAAGAUAUCUUUUCAACAAUUGAAAAUGAGCAAAUAUUGCAGCGUUUUCAAAAGAUGAAAAGUCGCAGGAUGCAGUUACCUCCUCUUUCUUAUCCAACGAUCACCUAA